AUGGAUACAAAUUUAAAUGAGUAUAAACCAAGGCCAAAGCUAGCAUCUACAAGUGAUAAAUCAACAACAGAUAUAGAAAAAGAUAAUGUUUAUAAUGAUUUGAAGAAGAAACUUGAAGAUGCAACCCAAGAGAAUGAGGUUUUAAAAGAACAAUUGAAACAACAAGUUCAGGUCAACAAAGAACUAAAAACCAUGUUGGUUGCCUCUAUGGGAGAAGACCUUGAAACACAAGUGCAGUCACUCAAUGAAGAUAAAAAGCAUCUUGCUAAUGCAUUACUUAACUCUGCACAGCACCUUUCAACACAUCAGGAACAAACAGAGUGGCUUGCUGGGCAAUGUGAGGUAUGGAGGAGUAAAUUCCUAGCUAGCAGUUUAAUGGUAGAAGAAUUGGCUAACUGUAAAAAAAUACUUAAUGAAAAGGCAGUUAAACUACAACAAUCAAUUAAGCAAUUGCUAGAUGAGCGUUACCGAGCAAGAGAUAUGAUGCUUUGUACAUAUAGAAACUUGUAUAGUCUUCAUGAGAAAUGGCUAGAAAAUAUAGCCAUUUCAGAAUAUACGGGCAACAAUAAAAUGUACAACAGACCCAUAGGCAACUUGAACUUUUCUGCCACACUGCCCCAUUCCACAAAUAUUUUGGACAUGGCAUCCGUGAAUUUGAAACUGUCUGAGAAUAUCAGUAGUUCUGUUGAGAAACAAGAUAUCACUCAUUUCAAUAUACUACCAUCAGCCACCGAGGCAGAAUUGUUUGCUGAAAAUGUUAUGGCCAUGCCGAUUGAAGUAAAAAGGCAAAGCGAGGAACCUGUGAAUGCUCUUGUGAGUCACGCGUACAAUAACAGCACAAACGUGUCACCUCCCGUGGCCUCUUGCGUGCAUUGCAAUGGAAAAGUGCAAUUACUA